UGCACAGCAACAAGGUAAAGGGUUAUUGGAUUCUCAUUGGUCUCGAGGUCACUGGCCAUGGGCCAAUAGUGUUAUUAUCCCACGCAUGAAAUUGAUACAUUUUAUACAAAGUUCAGACUGAGUCAUAUGUCCCCAAAAGUGUGGGAACGGAGGCUGUUCUACUUAACAAACAACCAGUCCGGCAACAUGCCCUCCAACGAACAUGAGACACUUGCACGACAGCCGAAAUGUACCCGGUGCCGACACCAUGGGAUCAUCGUCCUGAAGAAGGGUCACAUGAAGUACUGUCCUUUUCUCAAAUGUGAAUGCUGGAAGUGCCAUCUCAUCACACAGCGGACUCGCAUCACGGCCCUCCAGCGAAAUCCGAAGAAAGAGCUAAAUAACGCCGAAAUUAAAGAGAAGGGACCCGGCGUCCACACCGGUGUUAGCGUGGUGAAACCAGCGGCUGAUGGGACCUGUAGCGCCUCGGCCCCGGACGUAAGCCUUCGUCCGUCGGCCUCAUCUGGAGUGAUGUGUCUUCCAUCGGAUGGGGCUCCGGAACGAGCCGCCACGGUGCGGAGCCCUCUCGAUCUCAGGAUCCGACCUGCCGCGGGAGGAGCGAAUGUGACUGGUUUGGACAUCCGAAAGGGGCUGCCCUUUACUUCCAGUGAGGAAAAACCAUGUAACGUUACACCUUUUAAUACCCCUUACUUUGGUGAAUUUGGCCAGACUGCACAUCUGCCCGUUCUUCACUUUCCAUUUACGAUGUCAGGUCAGUACCCCAGCAGCUACGCACCGUGUCCAAACCUCCUGUUCAACAUGCCAUGGUUGCCACCCGUGCCUGCUGGGCUUAUCAACGACAGCCUCCGUGGACCCCUGAUGUUCCCCCACUUCCAGUCGCAUGCUGUGCAUUAUCCGCCUCCACCAGAGCCUGUACCUCCUGCUGAUUGCAGGCCGGUCUUCUUCACCCUUCAGCCACCCCCAGAACUCUUCCAGGAGGAGCUGAUAUCAAGGCAGCACCCUCAGCCUCCUCUGUCCAAGCACACUGAACAAGUCAUAGAUGUGGUGGAUUAAAGCUCAGUGAGCAAAUAAUAGAGGGGCUAGAUUAAAAGAACUGGGCUAUUUCCUGCAGGUGUUUUGCAGUUUGUUGGCCAAGUCCUGUUGUUUUGUACCGAACAACACUUUACCAUGGAUUGACAACCGUCCUGUUCAGAUUGCAUGAAUGUUUCAGCACACUGUUGUUCUUACUAUAUUGAUUAAAGAUAAGUGCAGAACAUUGUUGUUUAAAGAAGCUAGCUGAUUUUGUAUGUCUAGUUUUAGAAUUUGUAAUAAAUUCAAUUUCAAAUGUCAUUUAAUUAGUACUUAUUGAAAAUUUGUUUAUAAAUGAGCACUCUGCAGUGCAACAUACACUUGUUCAGUGUACUUACACAAGAGUUGACAGGCUAUUUUUUGUUGGGAUUGAGUUUUAUAAUAAAAGCUUGGUUUAUUUUUUCA